AUGGAACUAACGUUAAAGAGUUUUCCCCUGAAGGUAGCAAAAAUUCCAUGGAGGAAUAAUAACCUCAGUACUCUGCAUACAGACCCUCCUCUGUCUGAACAAGGAGAGACCAUUAUUGGAAUUUACCUGUUAGUGCUGGGAUGGCUGUCCUGGUUUGGAAACAGUUUAGUGAUAUUUGUCCUGUACAGACAGAGGACCUCACUCCAGGCAACAGAUUUCCUCACUUUAAAUCUUGCCAUCUCUGAUGCAAGCAUCUCCGUGUUUGGCUACUCCAGAGGAAUCCUAGAAAUCUUCAACAUCUUCAAGGAUGAUGGGUAUUUGAUCACCUGGAUCUGGACCUGCCAGGUAGACGGUUUCUUCACCUUGCUCUUCGGCCUUGCAAGCAUCAACACCUUGACAGUUAUCAGCAUCACCAGAUACAUCAAGGGAUGCCACCCAAACAAAGCUUACUGUAUCAGCACGAACACUAUUGCCGUAUCCCUCAUCUGCAUUUGGACUGGAGCGAUGUUUUGGUCUGUCGCCCCACUGCUGGGCUGGGGCAGCUACACAGAUCGAGGUUAUGGCACCUGUGAGGUGGACUGGUCCAAAGCCAAUUACUCCACCAUCUACAAGUCCUACAUCAUCUCCAUCCUCAUCUUCUGCUUCUUCAUCCCUGUGAUGAUCAUGCUCUUCUCCUACAUCUCCAUCAUCAACACAGUGAAAAGCACUAACAUUAUGUCAGCCGAUGGCUUUCUCACCGCCCGCCAAAGGAAGGUGGAGAGAGAUGUCACACGGAUUUCCAUUGUGAUCUGCACAGCUUUCAUCAUGGCCUGGUCGCCAUAUGCAGUGGUGUCUAUGUGGUCAGCCUGGGGUUUUCAUGUGCCAAGCACAACCAGCAUCAUCACCCGUCUCUUUGCUAAGUCUGCCAGCUUCUACAACCCGCUCAUCUACUUCGGCAUGAGCUCUAAGUUUCGCAGUGACGUCUCUGUGCUGCUGCCGUGCACACGAGAGCACAGGGAGGUGGUGCGUCUGCAACACUUUAAAAACAUCAAACCCAAGGCUGAGGCUACGCCCCUACCUGCAUCACUUCCUGUCCAGAAGAUGGAGGAGAAAUAUGCCGCGGGAGAGCUGAACCAGUCCAAUCCUGACAGCGACUCGGGGGUGAACAGCCCUCCUGAGACUCCUCCAUCUGACACGCAGGAGGUCUUCCACAUCAACGUGCCCUCACACAUUGAAACAUCAGAGUACUGGUGUGACAGGCUCUGA